AUGAAACGCAGUCGCCUUGAUUUCGAAGCCAAUGGCGAUGCGUCGUCCGCUUCACCUUCCCGAGCUGCUUUGCCGUAUCCUGCGCCGGAGGCUAACUCUCGACGUGAAUCAAUACAUAUACCCAAGAUUUCGCGAAAAAUACGUGCGUGCACCGAAUGCAAAAGGCAUAAAGUUCGUUGUGAUAUGAAGGCAGGGGAAUCGGUCUGCUCCAGAUGUCGGCGCAUGGGCUUGGAAUGUGUCGUAAACAAGAGCCUCCAAACUUUGCUCGACGAUGAAGCAGAAUGGAAGACAACGAUAGAGCUUGCAAUGACCGAUUUACUCAGAAAGGCACAAUUACCAGAGCUCUCAUACUAUCAAGCCGUUGGCAAGCCAGCAGAAACACAACAUAAGAAGAGCGAUCGACGGGGGUCUACAGUAUCUACAGAAGACAUGCAUACCUCGAGAGGCGACCUCGGAAGAGAUGCGACCGAUGGUGGUGCCAAAUCAAUAACAGGAGUAUCCCACCCGCCUUCCCACACUACCCAGCAACGAUCGCAAACUGCUAUUGACAGGGAAGAAAAACUAUUGGUUACUGCUCCGAUGGGCAGCUUGUAUGAAGUGACCCAGCUGAGUGAUAUUCAAGAAAGUACUCCCGAACGGCAUCAUACCUCGGACCGCGACACUGACCUUAUCUCGCGAGGGACUGUGGAUUUACAAGAAGCGGAGGAGUUGUUCUAUUUCUUUGACCAGGUACUCAAUCGCUAUUUAUGGGAUGGUAUAGCCCUUGUGCAUAAGGACCUCACAUCAGUCCGAAACUCAUCUUCAAUGUUGUCUGCAGCCAUCCUCACUGUCACAGCUUUGCAUAUGCCCCAAAAAGAAAGGCUUUUUGAUACCUGUUACACCGAAUUCGCGAAAUUGGCAUCAGAGUCAAUGCUUGAUAGACACCAUACCUUGGAUGAUUUACGUGCAUUAUGUAUAGGUGCUUUUUGGCUUGCAGAUGUCAGCUGGAAGCUAUCGGGAUAUGCAGUCCGUAUUGCAACCGAGCGCAACCUACACCAAUCAUACAGAAAGGCUACUCUAGGCUCACCUGAGCACCAAGAACAAGCAAGAUUAUGGUAUCUUCUCUAUACCCUAGAGCACCAUUUUUCCAUUGCUUAUGGCCGACCACCUAUAAUUCAUGAGGACAAGAGUAUCACCAAUCAUAAUACUUUUACUAUGUCCCCCACAGUAACACAAUCCGACCUGCGUUUGCAUAGCCAGGUGGAUUUAUUCAUCAUCCUUACUCGUAUAUACCAUGCUUUUGGCCCUGAUGUCGACCUUGAGGUACCCGAGAGCGAGUUUACUACAAUCGACAAAUUCGACGCCGAUCUUGAGGAGUGGCAAUCUGCAUGGUUACCUCGCCUAGCCGGGAGUCGUUAUGUUGGUGCGUACCCUUAUAAAGCCGUCUAUCUACACUACCAUUUCUCCCGCCUACAACUCAAUUCUGUUGCAUUGCGGACAUAUCAUUGUUCACUGUCAGCCCGCCCCUUAUCCAACGAGCGGAAAAAACGAGCAAACCUGGCCAUUGAAUCUGCUAUCGGUACUCUAUUGGUCGUUCUGGAUGAGCCUGAUAUACAGAGAGCUUUGGUCGGUGUUCCGUUGUAUCUACAUAGCAUGAUCACCUUUGCCGCUGUAUUUCUGUUGAAGAUCGCAGCAAGAAGCUGCUCGAGCUGUAUUCCUAGUAAGCCGGGCAAGCAGAAUUCUAUUGCAUCAGCAGGUCUAUCUAUCGAUAUCGCAUAUGUGCGGGCCUUGGUUGGACGGAUUAUUGAGUUGAUGUUGUCCUGCAGUAGGCGAGCUAGCGAGCGUCACCUCAGUCAUCAUAUAGCCCGUGGCCUGAGAAAAAUGCUUACGGGGCUUGAGGAGUGGGAGAAAAGGAACUCCUACAACGGACAGCCCACAGGACAGAGCUUUCGUGACCCUUCUCAGAAUUCUAUGUUCAAACCCAUAAUCAUUCCUGGGGCACAGCCACUGGGUGAGCGGGAUACUAUAUUAAAUCACCCGCCUCCGCUACUGGGUAUAGCUCCCUUGUCUGCUGAGAGAGGCAGUGGAUUUGAAUCUGCUGCGGCACAAUUGAAGCAACAGCCAGGUCUCUCGGAGGGCUCUGUGGAUCCUAUGAUGGCUGAUCUGUGGGGCUUUGACGAGGAGUAUUUCCCUACAGGGGUCUUUGACUUCCUUCAGUCCCAAAUGCCUGCCUGA